GGAGAAGCGGUUGCGCUGUGUGUCGUAAGAUUGAUGUAUAUCUAACACUUCAGUGGACGGAGGGAACAUAAAGUAUGAUUUAAGCCACCUGAGUUUAGCACGUUUUAAGGGCGUUACAGUGUUGAAUAUUGUCUCGAGUGCACGAUCACCGGAAAAACACCAGUGCGGCGAUGGAGGCGGUGGCGGCCGAGGAGUUCGUGCGCCGGCUACGCGGCCUCAUCGAGCCGGACGCGCAGCUGCAGCGGGCCGGCCUCGCCUACCUGGACGGCCUCAAGGCGUCCGACGACGGCUGGCGGCUGUGCGUGGACGCGCUGCUCUCGCCGGCGCUCGACGCUGAGGAGCACGUGCAGUUCUACUGCCUGCAGGCGGUGGAGCACUUCGUCAAGACGCGCUACCCGGCCGAGGCCGACGGUGCGGCGCCCGCCGUGCGGCUCUUCAUCAGCGGCUGGGUGCAGCGCCAGUGCAAGCUGGGAGCCGCCGGCGCCAAGACGUACCUGCGCAACAAGGCUGCGCAGGUGUUCGCUCUGAUCUUCGUCGCCGACUUCCCGGACCGCUGGCCGACCUUCCUGCUGGACCUGAUGGGCAUGGCCGCGCUGGGCCCGCCCGCUGUUGACAUGUACCUGCGCACUCUGCUGCAGAUCGACCAGGAGAUCGUGGACCGGGACGUGGUGCACUCUGAGCAGGAGGCGCGCCGCAACACGCGCAUCCGCGACGCCAUGCGUGAGAAGUGCGUGCUGCAGCUGGUGGAGUCAUGGCACGGCACGCUGCAGUCGUACGCCACCACGCAGCCCCAUCUCGUCUGCAUGUGCCUCGAGGUGGUCGGCAAGUUCGUCUCCUGGAUCGACAUCGGCCUGGUGGCCAACGAGCGCUUCGUCGCCGUGCUGGUGACGCUGCUGGGGCUGGUGGACGUGCGGGAGGCGGCCGCCGACUGUCUGCAUGACAUCACGCACAAGGGCAUGGAGCCCGUGCCCAAGGUGCAGCUGGUCGAGUCGCUGUUCGCCGUACUGCAGCAGGCGGCCGUGUUCCAGCUGCUGGAGCGCGUCAACGAUCAGACGCCGGCCGAGGACGUCGACUAUCUCUGCAAGCUGGGCAAGGUACUGAACGGCAUGGGCAUCGAGCUGGUGCUCUGCUACCACAAGCUGGCCAAGGCGGCGGCGGCGGCGCCCGGGUCUGGCGCGCUGGCCGCCACCGAGGCGGCCAUCGGUGCCAAGGUGCAGCACAUGCUGGCCUUCCUCAAGUGCGACUACGACGACCCUUCGCGCAGCGUCAUCGACUUCGCCCGCGACUACGUGCAGUUGUUGAAGACGAAGCCGAUGCUGUCUGAGGCCGAGACGGGCCACGUCCGUGACAUGGUCUACGUCAUCAUCCACAAGCUCAAGUACGACGAUGACUACGACUUCCAGGCCAUGGGCGAGGAUGAGGCCAUGUUCCAGGAGUACAGGAAGCGGCUGAAGGUGCUGUACGACAACCUGGCGGCCGUGGACCGGGACCUGGUGCUGCACAUCACGCAGCAGUUCAUCUGCUCCACGCUCGACUGCUGGAAGUCGCUGCCCAUGCGGGACGUGGAGGCCGCCAUCACCAUGCUGUACAUGCUGGGCGAGGCGCUGCCGCCCGCCUCCGCUGGCAACUUCUUCUCCGACGAGCCGGCGAAGGUGACGCUGCUGCAGACGAUGAUGCGCCGCCUGGUAACCUCAGACGUCGUCUCGUACCCGCACCACAUCGUGCCGUUUCAGUACUUCGAGACGGUCUCCCGCUACGAGAAGUUCUUCACCGUGGAGGCGGCCCUCCUGCCGCAGGUGUUGACUGCCUUCCUGGACGAGCGGGGGAUGAACCACCCCAACGAGCGCAACAGGGCGCGCGCUGUCUACCUCUUCUCGCGUUUCAUCAAAUGUCUCAAGGUGCAGAUGGGCCCAUUCACGGACACCAUCCUGGGUCAGAUCAAGAACCUGCUCUCGCUGGACCCGUCCGACGCCACGCUGCUCAACCGCGAGGACCAGCUGUACCUCUUCGAAACCGUCGCCGUCCUCAUCAUCUCGGCGGC